CUACUAUUCCGUUAUUAUUCUACCCUCGGUCUAACGACACCGUUCCUUUAUUCUCCUGUUUGUGUUUGUAGCGCUACAGAAUGCAUCAAUACGCCAGCCAAGACAAGAUUCCUGGAGGGGGUGUUGGACUGGCGGCCCCCCAGGAUGGCCAAAGUUCUUGUCAGUUCUUCUCAGAUGGCCGGAGGAAGGUGGACUAUGUUCUGGUGUUCUACCAACGCAAACAGAUCUCUGUGAGGGGUGGCGACCGGCUGCACCAUCUCUCUGCCCCUCCACACCCCCCUCAUCGCCUCUCUGUCAUCUCCAAUGGUAGCUCCCCCCUCUCCGGUCCUGUGGGGGGUGUAGGGCAGGGGGGUUUGGGAUGUGCAGCCGGGCAGCGGAGUGCGGGGGACGGGGAGGUGUGUGUGGACCUGGCGGUGGAGGUGGAAUUAGAGGCGGACCCAGCUGAAGGAGAGAUGGUGCUGAUCAGGGAGGAGUUUGAGGCCAGGCUACUGGAGGCGGGGCUUGAGAUGGAGAGAGACACCGAGGUCAGGGUCUACGGGCCCAGCUUCACGAGACUCCAUGUCCCCUGGCAGGUCCUGAGCAGAGAGGCAGAGUUCCUCAAGAUCAAAGUCCCCACUAAGAAGAGCUAUGAUCUGAAGCAGGAGAAUGGGUUCAGUGCCAGCCUCAGUGAGUUCUGGAGGAAGGUGAACCAGCCGUUCCAACCCAACAUCCCCCAGCUAGGCCACAGCACCACCAAGCAGCUCUCACACUGCUUCUCCAGGGACAAACUACACUUAUUUAACAUCACCUCUAAAGACACAUUCUUUGACAACGCAACACGCAGUCGAAUAGUGUACGAGAUCCUGAGACGCACCGCCUGCACACGCACCAGCCAGUCCAUGGGCAUCACCACAUUAAUAGCUAAAGGUGUCUAUGAUUCAGCCUUCCCUCUCCAUGAUGGGGAUUAUAAGGUCGUGGGUCACUCAGAGAGGAAUGACAGACAGCUGCUGCAUGAUGAGUGGGCCAGAUAUGGAGCCUUCUACAAAUACCAACCUGUGGACCUCAUCAGGAAGUACUUUGGGGAAAAGAUCGGUCUGUACUUCGCCUGGCUGGGCGUCUACACUCAGCUGCUCAUACCAGCCUCUAUGGUUGGGAUUAUUGUCUUCUGCUACGGCUGUUACACUGUGGAUAUGGACGUACCCAGCCUGGAGAUGUGUGAUAAGCAGCAGAACUUCACUAUGUGUCCUCUGUGUGACGGAGUGUGUGACUACUGGCACCUGUCCACUGCCUGUGGCACCGCCCGCGCAUCCCACCUGUUCGACAACCCUGCCACCGUCUUCUUCGCUAUCUUCAUGUCCCUCUGGGUUGCGACGUUCCUGGAGCACUGGAAGCGUCGUCAGAUCAGUUUGAACCACAGCUGGGACCUCACAGGACUAGAGGAAGAGGAGGACCACCCGAGGCCCAAGUAUGAAACCGUCCUGCUCGAGAAGAGACAGAUGAUGAGGAACAAGGAGAAGAAGAACGAGAAAAAGAAGAAGAAGAAGAAGAUUGAGCCUGUGCAGCGGGAGGAGGACGUGGCGGCAGGGAAAGACAGGUGGAGACAGAAGUUACUGUCUGCUAUGAACACUGGGACAUCGACAGGUGUGGAGAAGCUGACCUGGAGGGACCGUCUGCCUGGAUACCUCAUCAACAUCUCCUCCAUCCUCUUUAUGGUGACUGUGCUUUUAGUUUGUUUGGGUGAUCGUGUUUCGUAUCGUCGUUUCGCUCUAAUGGCGAUGUCACCUGACCCGGAGACCAAGUCUAACGUGCGUGUCACCGUCACGGCAACCGCUGUCAUCAUCAACCUGGUGGUCAUUCUGAUACUGGAUGAGAUCUACGGAGCUGUGGCCGUCUGGCUCACUGAGCUGGAGAUUCCAAGGACAGAGAGUAACUUUGAGCAGCAUCUGAUUCUGAAGGCUUUUCUACUGAAGUUCAUGAACGCCUACGCCCCCAUAUUCUAUGUAGCUUUCUUUAAGGGACGGUUUGCAGGCAGGCCGGGAGACUACGUCUAUGUUUUUAAUGACUACCGGAUGGAGGAGUGUGCCCCUGGAGGUUGUUUAAUAGAGUUAUGUAUUCAGCUCAGCAUCAUCAUGGUGGGGAAACAACUCAUUCAGAACAAUGUCUUUGAGAUCGGCAUCCCUAAGUUGAAGAAGUUGAUCCGAGCAUGGAAGGGUAAGGGGAUUUCAUUGGAGGAGAGAGAGGAGCAGCGUGCCAGACCUCCUCAACAGUGGAACCUCGACUACACCCUGGUCCCCUUUGAAGGACUGACCCCCGAGUACAUGGAGAUGAUUAUCCAGUUUGGUUUUGUUUCUCUGUUUGUCGCAUCGUUCCCUCUGGCUCCUCUCUUCGCUCUUCUCAACAACGUGAUCGAGAUCCGCCUCGAUGCCAAGAAGUUUGUCACCGAGCUGCGACGACCGGACGCUGUCCAAGCCAAAGACAUCGGAAUCUGGUACAACAUCCUGAGUGGAAUGGGAAAGUUCUCUGUCAUUAUAAACGCGUUUGUGAUCUCGUUUACCUCAGACUUCAUUCCCAGGCUGGUGUACCAGUACAUGUACAGUCAGACGGGCACCAUGCACGGCUUCAUAGACCACACCCUCUCUCACUUCAACGUGUCCAACUUCAGACCCGGCAACGCCCCCACCUCCACAUACCUCCCUGAGACCACCGUCUGCAGGUAUAAGGACUACAGAGAGCCUCCAUGGUCAGCUGAAGCCUACCAGUUCUCUAAAACCUACUGGGCCGUCCUUGCUGCAAGACUGGCCUUCGUCAUCCUGUUCCAGAACCUGGUGAUGUUCCUGAGCCUGCUGGUUGCCUGGGUGAUCCCAGACGUACCGAAGAACAUCAGUGAGCAGCUGAAGAGAGAGAAGACUCUGCUGGUGGACGUGUUCCUCCGGGAGGAGAAGGAGAAGUUCCACCUCCUCCAGAGCCUCUUCUCCUCCAAGGACCAGCCCAGCCAGGGUCACCCCGACACGGCCCACUUCCGUACUCUACCCCUAGGCCUCUCUCAAGGCCUAGGCCAGCCCCUGGGCGGAGAGGGAGGGGAAUCCCGGGCGAGAUGCAGGGCUGCCAGUUUCAGCCAGUUCACCAGACAGAUGUCCAUGUCUCCUAGCAACAAUGCAGGCCGACAGAUGUCCAUGUCUCCUAGGAACGACGCCGCCCGACACACAGCGGUCUGACACGCUACUGUAGCGGUUCGUUACAAACGUUCUUUAACCCCACAGGAGAAGUUCAGACACUAGUGUGGCAGCUACAUGGAGUCUGAAUGCUCCUCUGAGACCUCGCACCCAUGUAGACUUGGUGUUCUCUUUCUGAAGCAGUGUGAUGAUGGAACAUACUGAUCAUGGACUUGUU